ACAGUCAACGUGGUUGGAGACGAGCCGUAACAACCCUCCUGCUGCUGCUGCUACCGGAUCUAUUUCGCACUACGACUUUUCUCUCCAACUGCCUGACAGGAUUGAGAUGUUACAUUUUAGGUUUUCCACAGUGCUCAAGGAGUUGUUAGAAGCCACCCUCAAGCGUCCCUUGUCCGGCUCUAGACAGAAAACCUGGUUGCCGACCCGCCACUGCUGCUUCGGCACCGCCUCCCUUGAUGCCCGAGCUCAACUGAAGGUCCUCCAUGCCGCUGCGCACCGCCCGGCGUUGCGCACCGCGCCCUUCGCCGCUCCGUUCCGCUCCUACUGCGCGAAAACCGAAGGCGCAGUGGAGCUGGACGAACAACUGAAGAAAGAUGGGGACAGCAGUGAGGCUGACAGCGACAAGAGAAGAAAUGCAGGCAUUCUCCCGAGUUUGGAGGACUUGCUCUUCUACACAGUCGCAGAAGGUCAAGAGAAGAUUCCUGCUCACAAAUUUCUCACAGCGCUUAAAGCCACUGGGCUUCGGACUGGAGAUCCCAGACUGAAGGAAUGCAUGGAAACCCUCAAAGAAACUCUAAAGAACACAACAGAUGGCGUUACACUGGACAGGCACCUCUUCAAGAAGUGUGUCCAGAGCAACAUUGUCCUGCUCACUCAGGCCUUCCGCAAGAAGUUCGUCAUCCCAGACUUCCAGUCCUUCACCUCCCAUAUUGAUGAGCUGUAUGAGAGUGCCAAAAAUCUCUCUGGAGGACAGGUUGCAGACUACAUUCCUCAGCUCGCCAAGUUCAGCCCUGACCUGUGGGCCGUCUCUCUCUGCACAGUUGACGGACAGAGACACACAGUCGGAGACACAAAGGUCCCCUUCUGUCUGCAGUCCUGUGUCAAGCCUCUAAAGUAUGCUGUUGCUGUUCAUGACUACAGCACGGAGUAUGUGCACAGUUUCAUUGGGAAGGAGCCCAGUGGCCUGCGCUUUAAUAAGCUCUUCCUGAAUGACGAUGAUAAGCCUCACAACCCCAUGGUGAACGCUGGCGCUAUUGUGUGUACUUCACUGAUAAAGCAAGGUGCAGGCAACGCAGAAAAAUUUGACUAUGUCAUGAACUUUCUGAAAAAGAUGGCAGGAAACGAGUAUGUGGGUUUCAGCAACGCCACAUUCCAAUCUGAGCGUGAGUCAGGCGACAGGAACUUUGCCAUCGGCUACUACCUGAAAGAGAAAAAGUGUUUCCCAGAGGGCACAGACAUGACCUCUGUUCUGGACUUCUACUUUCAACUGUGCUCCAUUGAGGUGACCUGCGAGAGCGCCAGCGUCAUGGCAGCCACCCUGGCCAACGGCGGCAUCUGCCCAAUCACGGGUGAGCGCGUGCUGAGCCCCGAGGCGGUGAGGAACACAUUGAGUCUGAUGCACUCCUGCGGCAUGUACGACUUCUCGGGACAGUUUGCUUUCCAUGUUGGUCUGCCAGCCAAAUCUGGAGUAGCAGGGGGGAUCCUGCUGGUUGUACCCAACGUGAUGGGUAUUAUGUGCUGGUCACCUCCACUAGACAAGCUGGGCAACUCAGUCAGAGGAAUACAGUUCUGCUUGGACCUCGUGGAGCUUUUCAACUUCCACAACUACGACAACCUGAGGCACUUUGCCAAGAAGCACGACCCUCGCAGAGAAGGAGGGGACCAGCGGCUGCACUCCUUCGGACCCAUGGAUUACGAGAGUCUCCAACAAGAGCUAGCUCUGAAAGCCCCUCUUUGGAAAAAGGUGUCCCCCACUGAGUCGCACCAGGACAGCUCCACCACUGUAGUCUAUAGGAUGGACAAAGUCGCCGAGUGAAAUAACAAAAAAAACCCAAAAAAAACAAAGACAACCCCCCCCUUCCACACCCUCACCUCGACUGAUCUCUCUCCCCUCCUCUCGCAACGCCACCAUCUUUCCUCACCCUCGAAUAUUUAUAUAUAAAUUAUGUAGAGGAUUAUUUAUUGCUCAUGAAGCGGAUAUGUGCGGACGAACUGGGAAGCUUCUUUUGUCUUUAUUUGUGACAGGAAAAAUGGGAUCUGUUACUGCCUGCUUGUUGCCUUAGUGUGUGUGUGUGUGGGGGGGGGGGGGGCAUCUGAUGUACAGUGUACAGGUUGUUUCAUCUCAUUCUCUCAAUGCAGUUCAAAAAUGUAGGUUAAGGGUUGAUUUUUAAAAUGUAGUUUUAUUUGAAGCAAAAAAAACCAAACCUGUAUGUAUGAGUGUGUUUGCAUGAGUGGAGCUUGAGUACAGCCAGCUUUUAGACCAACGUUCAUACUACUUUCUUCCUGUAGCUCACACUGAGGUCUAAAACUCUUGUGAUAUUAGCACUUAAAUGCAGAUGCUGGAUGUACCGUAGCAGAUGAUGAAAAUGGCGGUAUAAAGGAUUCUGGGAUUAUUUAUGGGAAGUUUUUAGGGUAAAAGAAGAAUAUUGUUAACAUAUCCUGGGAAUUCCUCGGGCUGGAGUGCAGCUGUGUUACGGCUAACAUCAAGUUGUUUCACUCUGGAUUCUGAAUUGGUUUUAACAUUGCAGGUAUUUUGCGUUUCCAGUCUUACGCACUGGACCUUGAUAAGGAAAAAUCAACCCAAAAACUGAGUCCUUAUUUGAGUCUCUCAGCCUUCUGGUUGGAACGCAGUCUAAUAACCAAAGAGCUAAUUACAAAAAGCCUCUGAUCCGCUUUCGUUGUUUAAUGUUUAAGAAGAACAUUUCUCAGCACAAAGCAUCUGUAACAUUUUCUAAGUAAGUUCUGAAAGACAUUAUACUUGCCUACAGAUGUCUAAAAGUAGAAUAAAUGCAGACAUUUGUGAAUUGAGAUUAGUGGGAACCCCCCAUUGGAGUCAUUUGAUAUUCCAAAAAGGAGAUUCUGACUUAUACUGCACUUGGAUGUGCUCUAUUUCUAAUAAGGAAUAUUAAAUUGAAUCACUUUGAAAUAGAGCACUGUUUGUGCCUCCCUCUAUUAACGUCUAUUUUUAUCUUUAAAAGGUAAAACAGACUCAAGAUCGAGAAACACAGCUAUUGCCAUGUUUUAAAAAGAGAAACUGCAGUAAAAAAAGGGGGCUUCAAGUCGACUUUAACCUGUCAGCAUUUGUGCCUGGGCCACAGUUGGGGCUGAUUUUUCUGAUAAUGCGAUGAUGAUUACGUAAAAAGGUUUGCUCAACCAAAAAGCUCAGGGGAGAUGAUUGAAACCACGAGCUGUUUUUCAAGGCUCCUCGUGGAGAAUCGCUCUCUCUCGGUAGACUGGCUGCAUCAUUCUGAGCUGCUGUUGAGUUUAAACGGGGGGGAAAGUGUGUGUGUGUGUGUGUGUGUGUGUGUGUGUGUGUGUGUGUGUGUGUGCGGCUGGUUGUGCCAUGUUUGUCAAGGUUAGACAGUAAACACAGUUUGACGUUGGUGUGUGUUCAUUGCUGAAACCUUGACAUUAAAGCCCCUCGUAGCCCGCAUGAGUCUGACCAGUCCUCGCACAACCUUUUAACUUCUCUGCUGUGAACAGGUGACGACAGAGUUUAUCUGCAGGGUUUAACUGGGCCGCAUUCCAAUACCAUCACUGUGUUUACACUGCGCACACAAAUAUGUUUCUAUUCAAACAGGGAUGCCUUAGUCUAGAAAUGAAGCUGCUUGUAGAGAAACCGUUCACCGUACGCUUUAUUUUACAGCUUUAAGAGGAGAAAGUAACGGUGUCUGAUCUGAAAAUCAUAAAUGAAAGACCACACAGAGCAACAGGUAGAGCUGGGUGUUGAACCUGAAUACUUUUGUGGUACUGCCUGUAAUUUGUCAGUAGUAUCAAAGUGCCAAAGGUUGGCAUAAAAUGUCCCCAAAGAAAAGCCCUAAAAAAUAGUCCAAAUAUUGUUGGACUGAAGAUCUAAUGGGGUCAAAAUGUUCCCUUUAUUCAGACCAGUAAAGUUUUGGGAGCUUUGAUCUUGGAUGCAGAUACUUUUCUGUUUUUCUUAAAGCCCCUGAAAACAUCUGAAACCUUUCUCUGUAACAUUAAAUAUCCAUGACUAGGAAUAAGCAACCGUUUGGACAAAAACAUCCUUAGUCAUUAAGACUUUAAAUUAAUCUUUUGUUAAACUUUGGUAGAAGAUGUGUUAAUGUAGGUUUUUAGGGCCUUUUAAAUCUACAUUUUGCCUAUUUUUUUUUAGACUUGUUCUACAUAGGCAAAGGUCUUGGACAGCAUUUACAUUUGACAGCUUUGUGAAAUUAAAAAGGAAAAACAUGUUUCAGAAACUAGAAUACCCAGCUCUAGCAGCAGAGGAAGCUGAAGUUCCCAUCUUCCAACAGUUUAAUUUUUUAAUUUUGGGGAUAUUAACCCUUUAGGAACCCUUUUAAAACUUUGAACUGCAAUAUCAAAUAGAUGUAGGGAUGCACCAAUACCAAUGCCGAUACUUGUUGCAGUCUGCAUGGAGCACAUCGGUAUUUGCAUGCAGUUUAGGUCAGUGCUGGAUUUUGUUCUCCAAUAUCUAAGUUGGAAAUAACCAACACAACAUUUAACCAGCGCGAUAUUGACGAACACGUCAGAUAAACAUCAGCCACUGAUAUCGGUGAAUACCAUCUUAUUUGCAAAAUACGCCACCGUCAGUAAACAAGGCCAAUAUUGGCAGAUACCGAUAAAUAGAUGCAUCCCUUAAUAGAUGUUAGGAAACUCAGUUUGAUGCCUCCAGUCCGCCGAUCCUCAAAUGUUUUAUCUGUAUAGUAAAAAAAAAAAAGUGUGUUUCGAGUCUCAGCAUGCAAACACACACAACAUAAAACAGUAUUGUUUGUAAAGAUCUCAGUGUUACUCUUCUCGUCAUAUACAUAAUUUACUGUACUUCUGAAUGUACAUAGCGGCAGGUGUGUGUGUAUAUAGCUUUUAGCUGUGUGUCUGUACAUGAGUGAUAAUCCUCAACAGCAGACCAGAAUGUGUGUUGAAUAUACUCUUCAGACGUUCCGAAUUUAUAUAAUAAUGUCUCCUCCAGGAAAUAGAAAUACUUGCACAUGACUGUCAUGUCAGCAGAUGCCUUAGAUGUCGCUCUACUGUGACUGUAGUGAGGGGGGAGUUGAAUCUGUUUGUUGUUCAAUCAUUGUUAAAACUGUACAAGUGGUGUGAGGUGUUUGGCACUGGGUUUGACUUGAGCUCAACGUGAUGGCUGCUGGAGUCAAUGUUACCCUUACCCUAUUACUUUGUCAUGUUGUGUGAAGUUUUUUUUUUCUUUUGUGUUAUUUUUUUUUUUAUGUCACAGACUUCUGUUAGAGAUUUCUUUUUUUUUAUUUUCUGUUUUCAUGUUUUUGCUCAUUAUUAUGUGGAGGUACAAAGUAUUCAAAAGCCUCUGUUGUCAUUCGUGCUCCUUGGAAAUGUUGGUUUCCCUCGGGUUGCUCCUACAGUGUUUUUUCUUCACUAUGCACGAGUUGGGUCUGUUAGCUACUUUAAAUGUUUUCAUCCGUUGAUCUUGAUGCUUCCUGCUACAAGUUUGGUGCAGUGGGCCGAAGUCAGUAUUAGUUGGACAGUACUUCUGUUAUAAUCCUUAAGAUUGUCAUCCUAUCAAACCCAACUUUUGAUAGCGAUUACGGCUGGCAUUUAUUCUGUUAUAACCAUUAAAUGUAUUUAAACCCAUUAUUUGGCUCUCUAUAUAGCAGUUUGCAUUGUUAGUGGCGGAGCCUUUAAUGACUAGAAUACUUACAACCAUUUAUAGAUAGAAAGUUCAAAUAAAGAUGUCAAAUUUCUAUCAUUUCCAGCUCCGAGCGAAACUCUGAAGGUGUUCCCACCAGUAACCACGGGUGGAUUAAGGAUUAUAACUUUAAACGUACAAAUACAGUAUACCAUGAUGGUAUAUAUGAGGCUGCACAGGUAGGGGAUGGUCAGAAGCAGUGAUGUACUCUUCAUCAUCUUCAUGAAGAUAAAGCCUGUUUCAUUUUGCAUUAAGUGUGUUUAUGGAGGAAAAAUCUCAGUUUCAGAGAGAAGCUCUUAUUUCAGUAUCUCAUCUCAGGCUUCCGUGGUUCUUCCCAAAGAACGCAGAACUUUUAGUCCCAGGGACGGUACUUUUCAAGGAGCUGAAAGGUUCCUCAAACUCGACUGCGUUUCCGCCUCCACCGAGGAUUAGGCAAAUUAGUCCGCUGACGUAACCAGUCCAGGCAGAUGCCCGUCCACUUAGAGCCGGGGUCUGCUCGAGGUUUCUUCCUCUUAAAGGAACUUUUUCCUCGCCUUUGUCGGACAUUUUUUUCUCAUGGUGGGAAUUGUUGGAUCUCUGUAAAUAAUUUUACGGUUCUAGACUGAAAAGUAUCCUGAUAUAAGUUGUGUUAUGACUUGGCGCUAUACAACUAGAAUUUAAUUUAAUUAAUGUAUGAAAAAUCAACGGCUGUAUUUACACUUUUACAUCAUUUUUGCGUGCGAAUAAACAACAGAAACGAUCAGUGCUUCAAGUAGGGACUUUUUGGGGGGUCAAAUAUUGUCCCCUGAACUUAAUUUGGACCCUGGUCUCUGCGAUGGAAGCAUACUCUAAACGUUUCCAGUCACUGAGGAAAGUUCCUGCAGUGGAAACGCUGUUAUAGUCUUAACCUCAGUCCUGAUCUGUCUUUGAGUUUUGUCCGAACAGUCGGUCAGUCAUGCGAAAGCGUUUUCUUUUCUCCCUCAUUGACACAAAAUUUAAAAAUACAGUACCUGCAUGCAAGACUGGACCAGACCAGCACUGACAAGAGACUGAUUUAACCUCAUUGUAACCAAUCACGGUUGAUUAUCCGAUCAGUUCCACGUUGCUUUGGUAAAUCUGAAUGAUAAAUAAACAAGCCUAACGUUGCUUUGUAUGACUUUAAGUUUGUGAUCAGCGACCCUUCUCUCACUCCUCAGUGUGAUUAUUACUCUGUACAAUCAAACUCAUGACAGAGGGGCUUUUGAAUGCAGCUACCAGUAUUUCCAUGGAAAUCAUCAGAUUUUUAUGGUUCAUAUAAUGUAUCUUUGUUUUCUCAUUCUUCCUCCUGCAUGAAUAUUUUUGUAUGAUUUAAUAAAUGUGUUCAAAAUCCCAUGUAAUCAUUAUGUUUUAAGUUCAUUUGAUUAGCUUCCACGUGUCUUUAUAUAUGUUGAUUUGUGUCUGCUUGGGACAUGUAAAUUGCAUAUAAAUUUUAAAAAACUGUCUCGACCAUUACAAUUUGGUGAUCUUGGAAUUGUAAGGUUCUCUAAUGUUUCGGCCUGAUAUUAGAUAUUUAUUUAUUUAUUUAUACGCAGUUUUACAAGCAGAUCUUGUGAAGACUGAUUGUUGAAAAAGAUACUAAAAAUGCAAAUUUAAAAGCUAAAAAAACAAAUAAAAUUGCCCCAAACAUACAGUAGAUGAAGCCGUACAUUUCCAAGCUCAUGACUGUCAAACUUUUAUAUGUUUUGGUUUCUUUUCUCUGUCCACAUGGUUGUAAUUCUGUAUGUAAAGUCUCCAUAAACUUCAUGAAUUAUCCUGUUGGCACUAAGACAUGAACUUUUUCCUUCACUUUUCUGAGCGAAUACUUCAGUUUCUGUGGCUUUGAUGGACUCUCAGACAUGACAUUGAAAAGUGGUGUUUUUUUUAGACAUUGGUGUCCCCUUGUAUAAAAUCUAAUAAAACACUGUUAUCAUCUAA